UUUUAAUAAAUGUAGUACGAAUCACAAGUUUUGAGAAGGUCAAUUCUUUAUUCAGUCAUACUACAAUUAACUGACCUGUCGCAUGAUUCAUAUCCACUAAAUCUAACACUUCACACUGGAUUAUAAAAUGCUAAAUCAGAACAAUCAACCUGUUUGGAAUUCUGUAGAUAAACACAUUGAACCAUUGUUGAAACGCGUUUUACAAACGCAAAGAAUUGGUGUAUCGUGUGGUAAAGUUGAAGUAAACAAUAUCACAUCUAGUUGUGGAAAGGACCGAGGUGAUCGUUUCUACCUUUCUAUACCUUAUGCUGGAAAGACAAUCAGUUGGAAUGUGUUGUUCAAUUCACUGUGCCCAGAGCUGAGCCCAGAUUUUUUAUUUGAUGAUGACAGUUUCCUUGCUGACCCAGACCUGAAUUCUAUUGUAACCCAUGUCCCAAGCCUAGCCAGUUGGGAUGUGACAAAUGACGAUGCCUUGCUCAUGGUUAUCGUUGAACUUCUCUUAUAUUACAAGGAACAUCAGAUUAACCUUCUUGAAAAACAAGGAGAACGGUUGAAAUUUGAGUACAGCACUUUAGUCGGCGAGACCGAAAUAUGUGCCGAAGACCUAGAAGUAAUAUCAUUGCCAAUAGGUGCGAGGCACGUUGAAACUCGAUUCCUAAUACGUAUGGCAAUGGAUUUUUCAAAAUUACCAGAACGCAUUUCUCAUCCUCAAGACGAUGAAGCUAUGCUGCUUGUAACCUUCAAUGGACCAGAUUGUAAUCGUAUAACACCAGAACUAUAUCUUUCUAAGAGUUUAGAAGAUGCUUUUGGAGGCCCAGCAGCUCUUCAUAUACCGCCGUUCCAGUCAUCAAAAUACCUGAUGGAUUAUGUACCAGAAGUGAAAGGAUAUAUAAAUGAAAAAAUCAAUUUACUAGCAAUGUGCUUCGAGAAGAGGAAGAGUUUCAUAGCAGCACUACUUCUGUUAAAGCGUGGUAGCAUCAUAGAAUACGAUGCUGUGGAAGCCAGUAAUGCGACGUUGCUGGUUGAACACCGAGACUUUUAUUGCAUGAUUCAUUUCAAAUUGCCAACAACAUUUCCAAAGGAACCUCCACAAGUCACUUUGCGGUCUAUAUAUCACAUGACUUCACUAGGGACACUCUUCAGUCAAAAUGUAGAAGAUCUUCCAUACAGCCCCCGAUGGGCGCCAUUUGAGAUGGUUACGAAAGCACUGAAUCAUAUUGCAGAAAAGGAAAUUCAAAAAUUUCAGACCAACUCUGUAAAGAAUAGUCACUUCUGAAUUAGUAAAUACAAAAGUCUGAUACACGAAAACAGUUAUUUGGUAACAGCCCAACAUCAUUGCAUACCGUUUACCGAAUAGUAACAUAUUUUUCAUGUACUGUAAUUAAUAAGUCUAUUAACAAAAAGUUUAUAUAAAUUGUAUAAUAACUGCUUUGAAAUAUUACCUAAAUUAGAAAAACAUUUCAUUAGUCUUACUUUAUCAUCUGUGAUGCGUCGAUUGAAUCUCUGUGAUUCGACAGUAAAUGAGGCCAAGUGCCAUGUUUAUUAAGUUAGGAUUGGGAAAUCAAAACUAGGAUUAAAACUACGGCGAAUUCUACGAAAGAAUGCAUACUGACUUCGAAUUUACAUAUUCGCAAAUUACAUUAGUUUCAUUUCAAUUUUCAGUGCUUGUAAAAAGUUGGUUUAGACUAAGAGGUAAACUCGGCGGUGACUUCCAGGAGCAGAUUUUAGAGACGAAAUCUUUUAGAAUUGGUUUUCAA